AUGACAAGUACUACUUUUUUUAUUAUAUUUAUACCUAUAUUAGCUAUUAUAUUAUUAGCAGUUAAUUUGCUAUUAGCCCCUCAUAAUCCUUAUCAAGAAAAGGAUAGUGUUUUUGAAUGUGGGUUUCAUUCGUUUUUAGGGCAAAAUAGAACACAAUUUAGCGUGUCAUUUUUUAUUUUUGGUUUGUUGUUUUUAUUAUUUGAUUUGGAAAUUUUACUAGUUUACCCUUACAGUGUUAGUAGUUAUACGAAUGAUAUUUACGGUUUAGUUGUUAUGAUGGUAUUUUUCGUAUUAUUAACCUUAGGGUUUAUAUUUGAGUUAGGUAAAAACGCUUUAACUAUUGAAAGUAGACAAACAUCUGUAAAGGAGGGGGAGCUAUCUAUACCUUAUGCGUUUAGUAGCAAAUUGGCAUCUUUUACUAGUUCUAUAAUGACCCGGAAAGAUUAG